CGCGCAUGCGCCGCUAUGGCCGGCAGCGGUUGGGAGCGGAGGGUGCUGCCCGUGUGCGUGGGGGCGGCUCUGGUGGGCGCGCUCGCCUUGGAGGUGAUCGCGGUGCUGCUGCUUCGGCAACGCGGAGGCGCCGACGAGCGUGAGAGCGAAGCCCGUAGGACAGAAGCAUUCCCAUUUGUGUCGCUGGCAUCGCUGCUUUUCCUACUGGUGAACGUGCUCGAGAACGCGCGCCGUUUCGUCACCGCCUCGCCCAGCACGCGCGGCGUUAUGCUGGCGGGGGCGGGGCAAGGAUGGGAUUACUGCUAUUCCUGCCAAUCUCACGUGCCUCCCCGCUGCAGCCACUGUUUCUCCUGCAACGUUUGCAUCCUGCGGCGCGACCACCAUUGCACUUUGCUCGGCCAGUGCUUGGGAUACCAGAACUACCGCUACUUCCUUUGCCUGCUGCUACAUGGCUCUGUCGCCUUGCUGUACGGCUGCGUGAUCAAUGCUGAUGUGGUCCUAUCACUGCUCCAGGAGGGCACCUCUGUCCAGGCGAUGCUGCUGCUACUACUUCCCUGGCUUAUGUUACUGAUGGGGCAGGUGAACAUCACAAUCUUCAUCUUUGCUUUUGUGACUGAUGUCUGCAUUGUUGGCUUCCUCUUCUGCACGGGCUUCCUGCUCUUUCACAGCCUGCUGGCCCUGCGUGGGCAGACGACCAACGAAUGGUUCGAAGGAGAUCGUCAGUACGACUUGGGCUGGCAAGACAACCUUCGGGAAGUGCUGGGGGACCAGGGGCACCUGGUGUGGUUCAUGCCUUUCAUUGCUUCCCCUUUGCCAGGGGACGGGAUCACCUUCCGAACUAAGUGCCCCCGAUCUGAGCCACUCCCCAAAUCCCGUGACCUCUAAAGGUUUCCAUUCUGUGUUUUGCAAGGGGAGUCGAGUCCCUGUGAGGGGAGAGUGAUUAGCUACACCUCUGCUCAAAAGCAGAUGAACUGAGAGAUGAAUUCUCAAAUUUUUGCUCCCCUGUCAUCAAUAGCUUUUUCCUUUUGGGGUGCUGGUGACAUAUACUUCCAUCUGAUUUGGUGGCUUUUGGCACACUGGGGAUGCUUUUGAGGGGCCCCAAAUGGUUCACUUCAGUGGUCUGGAAGGAAGUCUCCAUGGGAGCUUAGCCAUCCUGCUGGGCUAAGUUCCAUCUGGUGGCUGAGGUUGCUGGGACCAAAUUUAUUCACUGCCUUUCUGAUCUGCAUGGUACUUUUCCACCAGCUUAUUUCACUCUGCAGCUGUGAAAUGUCACGCCCCCUUCCUUACUCUCUCAGGCUGGAAGGCACAAGGCACAGGGAUAAGCUAAGAAAACUAGGCAAGAAUUGCGGUGAAAACACAACACAAAAGUUGGUAGUAGGUGCAAAGGCUUUACCUGUGACUCUCUUCUUGGCAUUUGUGAGGUUGGUAUCUCAUUGACAUAGGGAGCUUGCUUCUGCCAAAAGCGAGCAAGAGAUGAGUGAAGGAAUUCUGGCGAUAUUUAUCCCUUUCCUUUAGAAUUCUGCCAGCCGCUUUGCAAUGCUUAGGAUCCUUCCACAUCUAAGCUCUGCUUUUGUGCUUUGGCUGUAUUACCCACUGAAUCCUUACAAAAUGUUGCCUGCCUGGAGGUCUGCACUGCUGCAAGCCCACAAGAUGGGACGGGCAGAUCAAAGAGACAGGAUUCCUGGCCUGUUUUCCAAUAAUGUUUCCAGUUAUGUAGGGUGUAUUAAACCGCCUUAUUUGGAGUUGGAGAGUUGGUUCACCUAGCCUAGUACUGACGGCUCUGACAGAUAGUGGCACUUUCCAGACCAGCUACAUAGAUGCUUCAGCUGCAGAUGCUGAGAAUUGAAACUGCGACCUUGUGCAUGCAAAACAGGGCUCUACCAUUGAGCUUCUGGAUGAUGGGAGAGGUGGGGUGUCAGGGCAUCCUUUGCACGAGAUGGUGGUUUGGAGGCUUAAGGCAUCUCAUUUGAUGCUGAGCAGGCAUUAUAGGUUGACAACAUUAGAUAGAAACAGUACUGUUCCUUCUUACAGAUCUAUUCUGCUUCCUUGAAUCGCAACAGUUUUGAGAGGACAGCGGAAAGGCAAUGAUGGAAUUUUGAGCUGCAUUCCAGAAAAGUUGUCAGCCCACACUGCUUGUAGGUGGUUUUAAUUUCUAGGUACUUUCAAUAGUAAAUCAGCCAACAAUGCAAACAGCCCCCCAGAGAGGAGGGCAAGAAUGCUGGGCUCUUGAGAUGCCCACCUUUCCUUGUGGCCAUAAGUAAAAGAGAUGUGAGUUUUACUCCUGUUUUAGCUGUGAGUUCCCUGGGUUAGUUUGGGGGAAGCUGCUAUUCUCUUCUGUUUCAGUUUUUCAUCUGACAUUGGGCCUACCUUUAGAUGUAAAUGCACCUUUUUACAUUAAAAUGCUAUUUAAAAUGAUAACACAA